AUGAAGAAAACGGCCCUGUACUCUAUCGACGGACACUGGGGCCGCUGGUCAGAUUGGUCGAAAUGCAGUGUCACAUGUGGUGACGGUUAUAGAACGAGAUUUAGGAAAUGCAACGAUCCAAAGCCCAUGCGUGGAGGUCUGUACUGUCCAGGAGCGUCAACCAAGUCAGAUGGUUGUGUUAUGAAGAGAUGUGUCCUCGGUUUUGAUGAUACCGAUUUUGAAUCCAGUAUAGGAAUGUGGGCAAACGAAUACUCGGACGACAUCCUUAACUGGGAGAUUCAUCAGGGCUUCACUUCCACCGCGAACACUGGGCCAGACUCAGACCACACGCUUGGUAAUACGAUUUAACAUAUGUUUAACAUAUGUGUACAGACUUUUAACUGGCAAAACUGUGAAGUUUUUCAUUUGAUGGGCAAAAACCACAAACCGUAAAAUUCCGUUGAUAUAACUUCAUAAAGAGUCUGGGAGGCUCAUAAUACGGGGCUAAUUUCUUGGGAAGAGGAACUUAUAAGUGAAUGAAAAACAACUUUCAAAAUGAGCUAUAACUUGAGAUAACUUGAGACCAAAAUCUAGCAGAUUUUACUAUUAACUGGUUUUGAUUAAGCUCCAAUACGUACAUCAUGCAAG